CUGCUGUGGUUAAAGUGAGUCAUUCAGGAAAACCGCUCUCACUCUGCUGCCUCUCAAAGGAGAAGUCGUUUCGUUGGCUCCUCCCAGCUUCGUGUUUCGCUGCAGUUUAACUUUUAACGUUCCAGCUGCAGCUCCAGAGGGAACAACGAGUUCCUCCACAGACCUGAGAGCCACACAGAGUAUUCCUGGGAUUUUUGUUUUCCCACGUCAACAAACUGCAGGAGAAUUAAUGAAGUUUUUACUGGAGAACAAUCAAGAAGAAGAAGAAUGCAGACCUCUGACUCACAACCUGAAGGUUCUGGUCCGGCCAUGACCCAGCAGGAGCAGCAGGAGUUCACCGCCCGCCUGCAGGAGGCCGAUGCUUGGAUGAAGGGCAUCGAGGAGCAGCUCAAGGCUAAUGACAAUACGGCGGGAUCACGAGAUGCCCUGGAGGCCCGACUCAGGGAAACCGAGAAAAUCCACAAUUCGGCGCACAAUGGUCGGAUGAUAGUGGAUCAGGCUCUGAUGGCUGCAGAGAAGCUUCUGCAGAGCGGCGAUGAAGAGCUGAGGAACAGCACCAAUAUCAAACUGAAGGAGCUGAAGGACCAGUGGGAUGAGACCACCACCUACAUCACCCACUGUCACAGCCGGAUUGAGUGGGUGUGGCUCCACUGGAGCGAGUACCUGAAGGCGUACGAGGAGUUUGAGCUGUGGCUGGCGAAGCAGCGCCGCAGCCUGGACCUGGACGUGGAGCUGCAGAUGGGCCUGAAGGAGAAGCUGUGGCAGGUGGAGCAGCAGAUGGUGAUUGUCAGCGACAUCAAGAGCCAGGCGGUUCUGUUGGAGAGGCUGCUGGAUGAGGCGGCCGCGCUGCACAGCAGAACCGAGGAUCCCAGCGUGGACGCAAAGGCCCAGCAGAGGCUGCAGGAGGACUACGUGGAAGUUCGAGACCGAGCCCAGGAGCGACUGAUGCUGCUGCAGAAGUUCAGCGAAGAGCACCGCAUGUUCCACAGCCACGUUCAGAAGUUCCAGUCCUGGUUGGUGUCUAAAACCAAAGAGCUGACGGAGCUGAUGAAGCUGGAAGAAACGCCGGAGAACAAACUGAGAGCAUUAAAGACUGUGGAUGAAAACGUGGACUGUGAGGAGAAGACGCUGCAGCACAUCGAAGGCAUGGCCGACGCCGUCAGAGCCAACACGUCCCCGGCGGGAGCCGAGGCCGUGCAGGAGGAGGCCGAGGAGCUGCGGCUGGGCUGGCAGCGCCUGCGGCAGGGUCUCUGUGAGGCAGAGGAGGGGCUGCGCUGCAGCUUGGACUCCCACAGUCAGUACGCGACCCGGUGCCAGCGGCUGGGGGAUGAUAUCGGCCGGAUCAGGGAGAUGCUGCAGGAACUGGACCAGGAGCUGGUCGACACCCAGGAGUCCAAGAGCUGCAAGGAGACGACCGAGGAGCAGAUGGAGGGUCGGUGGAGGAAAUACUCGGGUGUGAGGAACACGCUGGCAGGUAAAGAGACUCAGGUGGAUCUGCUGAAGUCUCAGCUGAAGGAUCUCUUCAGGUUCUCGGAGGAUCCUCGCCACCUCACAGACGGCGUCCUGGCUGUUGUUAAAGAACAUCAGAGUGUGAAGAGCAGAGCUUCCAGACUUUGUUCGGAGUCGGAGCUGGAGCUGAGGAGUCUCCUCCAGGAUCCGCUGCUCAGCUUCUCUCAGUGGGCAAACUCCGUCUCUCAGGUGAUGGAGGCCUCCAACAACGUCAACGACUUCUCCAACACGGCCAUGCUGCUGCAGAAGAUCCAGGGUCUCCUGCAGAAAAGCACCGAGCUGCAGGAGCGUCUGAGUCUGCUGCAGGUGAAAGGAGACCUGCUGGACUCGGUGUUCGGUACUGAGAGUUCUGACGAUCUGCAGGAGGAGCUGAGCGCCGCCGUGAGAACCAGAGAGCUGCUGCACAACCAGCUGCUGGAGAGGAAGAACAGGCUGGAGAGUUUAAUCUCCAGAACCAAAGACUUUGACGAAGCGUACAAGCAGAUCCUCGCCACGUUGUCGGUGUUCAGAGAGCGGCUGCUGGCUGCUGAUGUUCUUCAGCCAGACAUCCUGGCCAAGAAGAGCCAGCUGGAACAGAUGCUGGUUCUGCAGAAGGAGCUGGAGGACGGUGAGGCCCAGCUGACGGUUCUCAAGACGCUGGUUUCCUCCAAUCAGAGCAGCCGGACCCAAUACGAGAAGCUGUGUGCUGAUUGGUCCGAGCUUCACCGAAGAGUCACAGUCAAAGUUCAGGACUGUGAUGACAUCGUCUCGGACCAUGAGUGUUUCCAAGGCGACCUUCUGAACAUGGAGAAGUGGAUCAUGGUCAUGAGGCAGAAGUUGGAUUCGUUCUGCAGCCCGACAGGAGGAUGGAGUGUGGAGGGGCGCCGACCCGAAGCCCAGAAACUCCUCGGGGAGUUCCCAGAGAAGGAGCUCCACCUGCAGCAGAUUGAGGCUCAGGGUGGGAAGGUUCUGAGGAGAACCUCAACGGACGGCCGGGUCCACAUUCAGAAAGACUUGGAGCGGCUGAGGCAGCGCUGGAAGGACCUGCUCACACUGAGCCUGAAUCUGAACAGGCUGCAGGGCGGCUCCACUGAGAUUCACUCUGGAUCAGCAGCGAGCUUUGGACAGUUUAAAUCAGAACCAGAUCAUAUAAUGCAGGUAGUGGAUCUGUCCGGUACCUGUCAGACAGACGGACCCAGACGGCGGCUCACAGCAGGAAGAGAAGGAAGCGAGGCGACGGCUUCGUCUUCAGGAGAAGAUGAUAGCAGGGGCAGCAGAGAUCUAAACCAAAUCAACUGGGGGGAGUUUGAGGCGUGGCUGUCCAGAGAGAAUGAAGUUCUGAUGAAGAUAACCAGAACCGAUAAGAGUGCCGAGGAGAUCCAGACCCGACGGGGAACCCUGCAGGCUUUGACAUCCAGGCUGCCUGAAGGUCAGCAGAUGUUUCAGCUGUUGCUCCAGCAGACUCAGAGCAGUCAAGGUGAGGAUGAAACUCUGGAGAACCUCCGAUACCGCUGGACCCUCUACAAGUCCAAGCUGAAGGAAGUGGAGAACAACCUCAUCAUGGCUAAACCGGGACUCGAGGAGAGGAAAGAACUGGAGCUUAGGAGAGGUGCAGAGAAUGUAAAGGGAACCGUCUCUGAAACAAGAACAGAAAAGAAACGUGGGCUGCUGUACAGGAUUUGUCGUUUGGCUCUUCUUUUGUGGCUCCUCUUCCUCGCUCUGCUGCUCCUCGCCUUCCUGCUGCCGCUCAUGGAUGAUGGGAACAGCUGCUCGCUCUCCAACAACUUCGCCCGAUCCUUCAAUGUCAUGCUGCGCUACGACGGGCCUCCUCCCACAUAAGAACCAGGACAGUGACAGACCCGAACGCCGACUGGAGAACUCCACCUUCAGUCAGCAUGAAGACUCUGCAGUGUUUUGCUGUUUGCUCUUGAUUUUACUUUAAUACCAAACUUAUCCUGAUUCAGCCUGCAGCAGGGUAACUCCAUGUCAGGAUGGCCACACCCACCACAGCUCACCUGUCUGCAGGUGAUCAUGUUUAAGAUGCCCUUUAGUCUCCAGUGCCACCACACUGAACCUUGAUGGGCUCUGCCUCAUCAUGUGAUUCAGCAGUUCAUCACAACAGUAACAUAUCAGUCAUGUGACCUCUUUAUGGAACAUUAUAUAACUUACGAUGAAGUUUUGUUUUUUUGUGUUUUAUAAUCGUCUGUACCAGCACAAUGUUUCUCCAUUGUUUAUUUAACGUUUCUGAUUCAGAUAUAAAUAAAUAUUCAGAUAAUUAGU